ACGCAUGCGCAGAUACCCACUAGUACUAAAUGGAGGCUGUUUGAAACAACCGAGCAGCUUGCUGUGGUGGAAAAGUUAAAAGCAUCCGAUGAUAUUGCCUUUAAUUACCUGCUAAUAACGGUAGUCAAGAGCGGCCAGUAUGGAUGGUGGCGCUAAUGGUGCUGAGCAAGUGGAGAAAGAGAGCUCAUCCCCUCUAGCUAGAACACAGUCUCCUAUCAUGGACCGUAACCCAUCACCACCCCCAGACGCAGCAGAUGGAGCGGAGGACCAAGAUGUGGAUGCUAUUGGAGACACUGUUUACAGCAAGCACUGGCUUUUUAGCACCCUGACUCGUCUCAUCCAUAUGGUCACAGAGCAUUCAGAAGAGCGCCGUGAAGGUCCAAUGCAGCUAUCAGAUGAUGAUGAGGACGACUUGUGCAGAGUGUGGGAUAUGGCAAUGGAUAAGGAUGUGGCUGGUUUUCUGCAGGAAUUUAAAGCUGCAGAUAUUCUUCUAGGAGUGAUUGCCAAAUCGCGUUGUCCACGACUUACAGAAAUUAGUGUGGGAAUCCUUGGGAACAUUGCUUGUUUUCCUGAAACUUGUAUGACUUUAAGCCAAAAUGAGGACUUGGGGUCUGUGCUGCUGCUGCUUCUGGGAGAUACCGAUCCUCCAACACUGCUGGAAACAAGCAGAUUGCUGCUGACCUGUUUUUCUCAGAAAGAUGUCUGUUCACUGUGGCUUCAGCGAAUACGACAGCAGACAUCUGUGCGCUCCAAUCUCUGUUUCAUCAUGUGCAGCUCCACCAAUACGGAUCUGCUUGAGAAGGUGGGAGAACUAGUUGACAAAUUGUUUGACCUUGAUGAAGAGUUAAUGAAGAGUUGGAUCACAGCUCAGCCUGAUGAGGAGCAGGGGGAUGAUGGUGAAAGCCAUCUGGAGAUGACCUCAUGUCUUCUUGAGGCAGCCAAGCAGCUCAGAUCAGAGAGUCCGAAUGGCUUAGAGGUUUACCUUCAUAUCCUCCAGUUACUUACCACUAUAGAUGAGGGGAUUCGGGUUUUUGCUGCUUCUGAUGGACCAGGGAAAUCUGUAUGGGAGUUUGUCUGUGACGUUGUGUGUCAGGACCUCUGCCAGCCAAAUGAUCUUCCAGUUGUACUGCAUGAGCAGAAAAGCAUUCUGGUCCAGGCACUUGCUGUGCUGCAGGCUCUUUAUAAGUGUCACGAUGAGUGGUGCAGCAAAAGUGACACAAGUUUGCCUCUCAUUGGGAGCAUCUUGCGGGUAUGCCAGUACCAAAAUGAGUGCAAAGACAACAGUGCAAACAAAGAAGAUGAAAAAGAUGAGCAGCUCGAGACCCUUGCAGAGAUCACAGCAGAGUUUUUGGCUGACCUCGUCGUUCAUAUUCAAAAGGACACAGUUGCAGAGUUGGUGAAGAAAGUUUACCUCACAGAGAAAACCUGCCUCGCAGCUGCCGCUAUUUUACUUCCCAAGUUUAAGAAUUCAUUUCAGCACCUGCAGACCGUGUUGUCAGAGGCUGAUCCCCAGUUGGCAGAUGUGAUAAGGACACAGUGUCCCGUCUGAAGCACCCUGCAGAUCAGUGUUCAGCACUCAUUCAGACUCUCACCUCUGCUUUUUAUAGCAGCCAGUAUUUCCUCUCCAAAGAUCCUGCUUCAAAACGAGCUAUUUGCAUUUCCACUGGAAGGACAACAUCACAAAUGGCAAACUGUCAUUUAUUUGAAUAUUGUAAGCUACUUUUAAGUUAAGUCUGGAAGAUUAAAGUUGUUUUUUUUUUUUAAGCCUUUUUUAAGAAUACUAUUUUUGUAUUUGAUUACAGACGGUGUUUAAUUAAAAGUAAUUUGUCUUUAAGCCUUUUUAGUCUUUUUCAUGUAGAAAUUGCAAAAAAAACAGCUGAAUUAUCUGCAAUUAGGGGUUUAAGUCAUUAUUAAUACUACGUUCUGAUUCCAGACUCUUUAGGAAUAAAGUAUUUUUCUUAACAUUCAACUUCAGUCAACACAAUUUAGAGCUUUUUAUUAAGACAGCCAACUGGCACUAAAACUUAAUAAUGUCAAACCACAAUUUUAAGUGUUUUUUUUUAUAUAAGGUAGUAGUUAUAUAUUUGGUUAUAUAAGUAA